AUGGCCAACCAGGAAGUGAUUGAGCUGUCGGUGGACGAGACGAACAAGUUGCGUGCGGAAUUGGGCUUGGCACCUCUUCGCAUCGAUGGCCAUAGUACCAAGAAGGAAUCAUUAUUAGCCGCGGACAACAAUCAAGGAGAAGGAGAAGAAGUGUUGGAAUUGUCCGUGGACGAUACGAAUGCACUCCGCGCCAAAUUGGGGUUGCCUCCGUUGCGUUCCAUCAAGGAGAAUAUUCAAGACGCCAAUUUGAAGGCCAAGCAAGAAGAAGAAGAAAAGCAAAAGGCAGCAGCGCAAGAACGAUUGGAAAAUGAUGUCAAAAAGGGCAUUGCCAGUACGUUUACGGCCAAGUCUCUGGGAGAAACCGAAUCCACCGAUGUCGCAUCGUGGGCUGCCAAAUUAAUGCGACAACAGCAAUCCAAAGAAGAAAAAAAGAAGAAAAAGAAGGACAAAAAGAGCAAGAAAAAGAACGAUGACAAGUACGACGCGGACGACUUGAAGGGCAUGACUGUCUCUCACGCCAUGGGCGACUUGGAAGCCGGUUCGACCACGGUCAUGACAUUGGCCGAUGCUCCCAUUUUGACCACCAAGGAGAGCAAUCCGCAGAUUGUGACGGGCUUGAAUGAAGACGCUACUCAAUUGGAAAAUGUCAAUUUGGCAGAAGCUUCCAAACAACAAGAUGGAUUGCGCAAAAAGCGACAACUCGAAAUGGGCAUGGGACGAGCCGGUGGAUACGCCGGGUUUGACGAUGAUGAAUUUGUCGAAUUGGGAGGAACCGGAGCUCCUUCCAAACGGACGCGAGGAGGCGGCGAUCCUGCUACUGGUAGCAGUACUAGUAGUACUAAAAAAACAGGCAAGGGAUUCCAAAUUGGUGACGACGCCAAUGCCAACGAUGCCAAAGCUGGCACGGAUAUGUUUGCCGCCAUGGAAGCUGGCAAGGCCAUUUCCUUGGAGCCGAUGCAAGCCGAUGUACAAGCCUCGGAUUUCUUGACGGAACAGGAAGACUUGGAGUUGAGAGGCAAAAAGGAAAAGAAAGCCAAGAAAAAGGAGAAAUUUGACAAGAAGAAGAAAAAGAAGGAUAAGAAAAAGGAUAAGAAAAAGCAUCGCCGACGACAGACUGAAGACGAUGAUGACGACAACAGCGAGGUGGAAAACAAGGAGCCAAGUGGCAAAUCCUUGUUGGAAGAGUUGGAAGAAACGGCAGAAGAUGACGACAAGAAGAAGAAGAAGAAGAGCCGCAAACGAAGCCGACGUGACGAUGAUGAUGACAAGGAAGAUGAUGUAGAAAUGGAAGAAGCUCCACCUUCGUCAGUUCACCCCACGACGGCCGUCAAAAAGGAAUCCAAAGACAGCGAUGUGGACAAGACGGACAAACGCGCCAAAUACGACGCCAUUAUGGACAAGGGCAAUGCUCGUACGCAACAGGCAUUUGCCAAAAAGAAACAAAAGGAGGAAGACGACGCCUUGGACGAAGAACCGGACGAUGCCUUUUUGAACGCUGCCUUGGCCAAGGCACGUCGGUUGAAGAAAUUACGAGACAUGAGCGGGGCUAAAAAGGGCGCUCAGGCGGUCGUACAAGCGGUCCAACAAAUGAUGCCCGACCAAACUCCGUCCUCCGAUGGUGUCACCUUUUCAGUCGACGAUACGCGCGAAUUCACCAGGGCCCUACGAGCCAAAUCGGAACAACAGAGUCGUAAAGCUGCUGCCAAGGAAAAGGAAAAACCUGCCGCCAACACAAUCACUACAACAACUACGGCAGUCAAGAAGGAACCUACUGCGGUUGUGGUGGAAACAGUCACUACCAAGCCAGAUGGAGUAGCAGCAACAAACAACGACGACGAGUUUGAGGAGGACGUGGACAUGGCCGAGUUGGCCAAGGAAGUAAAAGACGAUGACGAAUACAACACGGGCAACAACUUUUUGGAGGGCACCACUGGGAAUACUGUCGCUGUUGGUCGAGGAUUGGCAGGUGUCGUCCAUCUGUUCAAGCAAACGGGAGAUCUCACCCGCAAGAAUGCCGGCAAGGAAGAAAUGAGAGGUCGCGCCAAGGAUGAAAGGACGUACGAAGAUUACGAAGCAGUUGACCUCAAGUCAGUGGUAAAGAUUGACGAACGCUACGCUACCGACAAGGACAAGGAUCUAGCCAAUAGAGAAGUCAAGCUCGAAUAUCGCGACAAGCAUGGACGGUUGUUGACUCGGAAGGCAGCCUUUCGUGAGUUGUGUUAUCAAUUUCACGGCCAUGGCAGUUCCAAGCGCAAAGUGGAGAAGCGUCAGAAGCAAAUGGCUCGCGAGAAUGCCGAAGCAAGAUUGGCAUCUCAGCAAUCGGAUGGUGGUCCGGGUACAUUUGGAGCGCUCAAGGCUACACAGAAAGCCACUGGAAAAGCCUUUGUGGUGCACAAGACGUGA